AUGGCACUUGUCAAGAAGCCCAUCCAGAAUCUGAAUGCAGACUCGGAGACAUGGAGAGGAUAUACAUCCGUGCUGUCUAGCGCCGCGAGACGGUCCCGUUGGCAAGAGGUUACUCGUGUGUUUGCAGAUCUGAGGAGGUGCCGAUUGCGGCCGAAUGUGAUCAUACACAAUGCUGGGAUCAACGCUUUUGGCAAGGGUGCGCGGUGGGAAUCCGCAUUGUGGCUGUUGGACGUCAUGUGUUGCAGUGGACUUGUGCCGACCGUGAUCAGCCACAAUGCAUUCAUCAGCUCGUGCGAUCGAGAAGCACGAUGGCCGGUGGCGUUGCAUUCAAUGUGUGAAAUGCCGGCAGGGAUGACCGAUCUGAUCACUUGCAACAGCGCCGUCAGUGCCUGCAGUAGAUCGAAUUGGAAGCUUGCCUUGGCCAUGGCCUGCGCCAUGGCUCAGCAGUCGACACGACUUGAUGAAUUCACCUGUGGCUCCUUGCUCCUUGCAUCGGAGCGCCACGGAAUCUGGAGACUUGCUGUUGGCAUCUGCGCUGAUAUGCGUGCCAUGAUGCUGCGAUCAAACUCCUUCACGUACAGCUCCGCACUGAUGGCGUGUGAGGGUGCUGCCUGGCAACAGGCAGUGUUGCUGCUUCAGUCCAUGGAGCAAGACGCCACUUCUCCCAAUCAAGUCUGCUACACGGCAGCCAUCAAAGCCUGUGAGAAGGGUGGGCAAUGGGAACUGGCAUUGGCUAUCUAUGCGCAGGCAGAAAAGGCACUGCACUCCCGAGACCGAGACGAUCUUCUAUGUGAUGCAGGGCUCCGGGCCUUACAGCAAGGGAUGCAGUGGCAGGGAGCUCUAGAGCUGGUCUUUGACAUGUCCUCAUCUCAGCUGAAGCCUGAUGCCCUGUGUUUUACCUCUCUUAUCGAGGCGUGUGCAAAGGCAGGUGAGUGGCAAACCGUUCUGAAGAUCAUUGCGGCCAUGUGCGAUGCUGGGGUGGAUGACUUUCGGAUAGCACGCUAUGAGCACUCGAUUCAGGCCGGCAGCACUCUUGACUGCUUCAAGCACUCCGCUCUGGCGGCAGUCAUGCAGUGCAUGAAUGCUGAUCCAAGACCUUACACUUAUGUCGACACACAUGCAGGAUCAGCUGUCUACACUCUUGGACAAGAUCAUCAGCAUCUGAUCUUGCGCUUGCUUGAAAGUCGGCGCGGCCUUCCCUGGAAUUUGGCAUCUUAUGUGAACUCUGUCCGACACUUUCAAUAUUCCACUGACAAUACACUGUAUCCUGGCUCUCCAACGAUGGCAUUGCAGUGGAUGAGGCCUCAGGAUGACGCGCUUCUCUUCGAGUUGUCUCCCACAAUCUUUUCUCAGCUGAAGCAGAAUGUACAGCGGUUUUCUUUGGGUCGUGUCAAGAUGCUGGAGACGAACUCGUACUGGUGGCUAUUGCAUCGUCUUCGCAAACAGCCGACAAGUCGACAGCUGGUUCUGAUCGAUCCACCUUACGAGCCGUACGAAGCCUACGUAGCGUGGAGCCUCUACCUUCUUCAAAAGCUGCAUGAUGAAUGGCCCUCCAGCUGCAUCAUUCUGUGGUAUCCGUACCUGGAUGAACAGCAGAUUGACGGCCUCUAUCGACGUUUGGAAUUUAUGGAGUUAACGGAUGUUCUCAUCGCCGAAUUCGGCAUCGCGGAAACAAGCUCCCUGGAGACCUCAGGCUGGCAAAGCUGGCAGGAGUGGGGCUCUCAUCAGCGUGCCCUCUCCCAGCGCAAAAUCCUUCCUCGUGCUGCCGAGGCCAUGUCUCCAAUCCUUCCCCCAGUCUCGCUCAGAGCUGCCCAGCUUGCUGAACUGCGCGGCACGCAGAUCCACAAGUUUGAUCCGGCUCCGUGCAAAGAGUCGCAGCAGUGUCGCAGCAAAGGCCUGGGAUUGGUUGGCGAAGCCGUGGAGGCCUGUCGCAACUUCGCCAUGGCAUCAAAGCGUCGAAGAAUCAAAGCGCCGCAAGGCCUGCGUCUCGUCGACCUUUGGGGUCAGCAGGCGGCAGCAGACAACCUCUUCUACGUCGACAUAGCCAACGUGCACGGCACCGAUGCCAAGAAGCAGCACCGACUUCAGUGCGAAAGGCGACUCGAAGAGUCCUUGCGCUCAGGCCGUGCCGAGAUCCUGAACUUCGACAGUGCCUACGCAGCUUCGCAGAUCGCGGACGGGGAGCUGGACUUUGUUUACCUCGAUGCACGACAUGACUUUGCCGGUGUGGUGGCAGACAUACAUGCCUGGUGGCCAAAGGUGCGCACUGGAGGGAUCUUUGCCGGCCAUGACUUCGUGGACGGAGAGUUUCCAGAAGGCGAUUUCUUUUGGCUUGCGGCCUUGCAAGCGGUCUUGCCUGGCGUCGAUGGCUCAACCUUCAUCGUGCGCGAGGUCAACCGCUACCCCUCCUUCUUCAUCUUGAAGUCCGAAUCCAUCAGCAGCUUGCAACCCUUGCAAGUUCCCACCGAGCGGAAAGUGCGGGAGCUCUAUGCUGACAGGAGCAGGUACUUCAAGCUGUGGGUGGAAGACAAGUCAAAGAGUCCAAGCGCGAAAAACUUCGAAGCUGCUUGCAAUGCUGCAUGCAGUAGGGACUGCUCCGAGCGGGUGGCGCAGUUCACUCCCACACGAACCUCAGCUUCCACUCUACGACCCUUCGCUUGCGGACAGGGGCAGGAUACGUGUGCAGCCGAAGUGGCGGUGGAUGUCACUGCAUACAAGCAAGUGUGUCUCGAGAGAUGUGCCGUCACGUGCCAGCAAAGACUGGAGCUCUUUGCAGCUCACGGAGAUCAAAUCCAAGCUGCUGUGAGAGAACAAAAAAGGGCCUUGGGUGCUUAG